CCAUGAACAUGUUUACCGGGCGUGUUUAGAGGCUGGUGGUUAGCUGCAGAAGACCACAUUUUGUUGUGCAAAUGACAUUCAUAUUUUAAGAAUACCUUUUAAAUGGGACGUCUGGUACCGAAUAUGACUUAAAAUAAAAAGGGCAGCUACUGCAUUUUCUAAAGUGGCCAUGCGAGUGGUGAGAUGCCGGCUGGCUCUGUGCCCCCUGCGGGUGGCGCCGGCGGGCUGGCGCUCAGGUAUCCGUCCAACCCGGCCCGCCGGCGCCGUGGGCAGCGUGCGGACCCUGUACAGCGAGACGGGCGUGUGGGACAGGGAAUACCGGGCGGAGACGCGGCGCAGGGUGGAGCUGUGGUGGAAGCCGCGUAUCAGGGAGUGUUCCCAGAAAACCAAGUUCUAUGUGCUCUCUAUGUUCCCCUACCCGUCUGGUCGGCUGCACAUGGGCCACGUGCGAGUGUACACCAUCAGCGACACCAUCUCACACUUCCACAGGAUGCGAGGGUGCCAGGUGCUGAAUCCCAUGGGCUGGGAUGCGUUUGGACUCCCUGCGGAGAACGCUGCCAUAGAGCGGGAACUGGACCCGGAGGACUGGACCAAAAGUAACAUCCAGUUCAUGCACGAGCAGCUUGACGCCCUGGGGUUGUGCUUUAAUUGGGACAGGGAAAUCACCACCUGCUUGCCUGAAUACUACAAGUGGACACAGUACCUCUUCAUCAGACUGUUUGAGGCUGGAUUAGCCUAUCAGAAAGAGGCGCUUGUGAACUGGGACCCCGUGGACCAGACGGUUCUGGCGGACGAGCAGGUGGACGAGACCGGGCGCUCCUGGAGGUCGGGGGCGCUGGUGGAGCAGAAGCUGCUGAGACAGUGGUUUAUCAGGACCACCAACUAUGCCAAGCCUCUUUUAGAUGCCCUGGCUGACCUCCCAGAAUGGUACGGAGUCAAGGCAAUGCAGGCCAACUGGAUCGGGGAAUGUUCCGGAUGCUAUUUCGACUUAGUGCUGAAGGUCGACGGGGAAGAGGUGGGGGAGACUUUGAAGGCCUACGCUUCCGCCCCGGAGAUGGUGUUUGGUGCCGCCUACGUCUCCAUCCUGCCCUCACACCGGCUGCUACGCGGCUCCAGCCCUGUCCGGCCGGCCUUGGAGAAGGACUUCCAGCCUGGGAAAGACUGCCUGACCUCUGUCACCGCCCGUAAUGUGUUCACUGGCUGUGAGAUCCCUCUCAUCAUCUCUUCCCAAGAGGAAUUUCAGGGUCAUCUGGACACUGUGAUAGGGCUUCCUGACAGCGCUGUUCAGGAUGCGGCUCUUGCCCAGAUGUUAGGCUUGAAGUGGGACUCCGUGCUGCAGGAACAGCCCGACGGAACCGUGACCCUCACCAACUCUGCCGAGUUCACAGGUCUCAGCAGGCAGGAAGCCUUCAAUGGCAUCACACAGAAGGCCCGGGAGAAGGGAGUGGGCGGCCACCUCACCAGCGCGAAGCUCCGCGAUUGGCUGAUUUCGAGGCAGCGAUACUGGGGCACGCCCAUUCCCAUAGUACACUGCAGGUCGUGCGGACCGGUGCCAGUUCCGGCGGAAGAGCUGCCGGUCACCCUGCCCAAGCUGCCCGUUCUCACUGGAAAGGGGGCAUCACCUCUAGAGACUGCCGCCCACUGGACUGACACCCCCUGCCCCAGAUGCAAGGCCCCUGCUCGGAGGGAAACUGACACCAUGGACACGUUUGUGGACUCGGCCUGGUACUACUUCCGAUACACAGACCCUGGGAACACGCACAGGCCCUUUGACCGCUCCCUGGCAGACAGCUGGAUGCCCGUGGAUGUGUAUGUAGGGGGGAAGGAGCACGCUGUCAUGCACCUGUACUACGCCCGCUUCCUCAGCCACUUCUGCAGGGACCUGGGCAUGGUCUCACACAGGGAGCCCUUCCGGAAGCUGUUGGUGCAGGGCCUGAUCAAAGGACAGACCUUCCGGGUGCCAGACAGCGGGCGGUACCUGGCACGGAGUGACGUGGACGUCUCAGGCCCUGAGCCAGUGCAGUUGAGCACUGGGAAGAGACUGCAGGUGACCUGGGAGAAAAUGAGCAAGUCCAAACACAACGGGCUGGAUCCACAGGAGGUGACGCAGCAGUAUGGCAUUGACACGGUGCGCCUCUACAUCCUGUAUGCCGCCCCCCCUGAGCAGGACAUCCUGUGGGACAUCAAGACGGACGCCCUCCCCGGCGUGUUGCGCUGGCAGGCUCGUCUCUGGGGACUGGUGACCAAGCUGCGGGAGGCCCGGCAGGCUGGGGGCCCCCCCGACCCCACGCUGCUUAGCGCCAGGGAGCGUACGGAAGCCAGGAAGAUCUGGGAGCAGAAGAACCUGACGGUCGCGGAGGUCACAGGUCACUACACCGAAGACUUCCUCUUGAACACAGCCAUCUCUCGCCUAAUGGGCCUCACCAACAUCCUCUCACAAGCGUCCCCCCGCCUGGUCCUGCACAGCGUGGAGUUUGAGCAGGCGCUGGCUGCCCUCUGCGUGAUGACGGCCCCCAUGGCCCCGCACCUGGCCUCUGAGCUCUGGGAAGGCCUGACGCGGCUGCCGAGCUCUCUGAGUGCUCUGCUGUCUGUCGGGGGUGAUGUUCUGCAGCAGCCUUGGCCCAGUGUGGACCCAGAGUAUCUGGAGAUCCCAGACACCGUCGACGUGUCAGUCCGGAUCAACAACAAGGCCUGUGGGGUGGUAAGCAUGCCCAGGAAAGUGGCCCAGGAUGUGGACGAGGUGCGGCAGCUGGUGCUGGACAGCCCAUUGGGCCUCCAGCAUCUUUCCACCCGAACCAUAAAGAAGGCUAUCCUCUCCCCCAGGACAGCACUCAUUAAUUUCCUGGUGGAGGACUGACCAGUCCGCUGACUCGCCGCUGAUUGGUGAAGCCAGCUGUCAAUCACCGAAGCUGUAAUUUAAGUUACUGCUGAAGAUGGGGUGGGCGUGUAUGUAUGAUGUAUUUGCAAACUGUCUGUGGUAACCAGUUAGCCCUCAUCUGAGGCAAGCUGGAUGACUGAUAUCUAAUAAAAGAGACCAAAAAUAUGGGAUUGUUUUUAGAGGCAGAAAACCAGCAGCCCUCCCCAGUGUAACCAUAGUCCUUCUGCUGCCUUGAUGGUUUUCAGUCAUUUCUGUUUUAUUAAACACUGAAACGGCACUCAAAGUUCGGGGCCUGAUUCCGCAA